CUCACCAGCUCUCUAUUCUCAUCCAACAAACACACCAACAACAGGAAUAUUUUUCAGAUUUUUCUUGGAGCAGUUGGCUGGUCAGACCAAUGGCUUUGCUGAAAUCUGGCUGGCUCUGGAGACAAUCUUCAGUUCUCAAACGUUGGAAACUAAACUGGUGUGACUUGUGGAUAGACGGGAGCUUCAUGUUUUACAAAUCUGAAAACAGAAGAGACUUUGAGACCAGAGUGAGUCUGAAGACCAUCUGUGUGAAUGUGAAGUCUGGUCUGGAGUGUGCAGGUGUAUUUCCACCUGAGACUCAUCCCAGAGAGAAUCUGCUAGUGGUGUAUCUGAAGAAUGGGUUUACUCUAACCCUGUGUGCCAAUAGUGAAGAUGAGGCCCUAGCCUGGAAACUCACAGUUCUGGAAGCCAGAAGAAAUCCUGUUUUCACUUACAAUCCCUCUGAUGAUACAUACCAGACCGUUCCAAUUGACAGCCACAAUGCGGUUUACGUCAUGCCAGGAACAGGUUGUGGAGGGACUCAGCAAGUGUGGGUGCACAGAGACACUUACUACGAUGGCAUUGGAGAACAGAUCGCACUGGGUCUCCUGGCUGGGAUGGCUGCAGGUGCAGCGAUGCGCUCACUUCUAUGGAUGCCCUUCUGGUUCUGCUGAAGUCCAAUCAGACCAAACUGAAUCAUCACUGAAGUACCAAUAGCACCAGAAGACAAGAACAAACCUCAGUGACAGUAAACGUCCGUCAUCCUGAAUAUAAACAUGCGCUUUUAACGCAGUAAACAUCACGGCCAACUAAUGUUUUUAUGAUGAUGAUUUAAAUGCAUACAAAAAUACAGUACAU